UUGCGCGCGUUGCGGUCCACUCGGAAAACGUUUAAAAAAAAAUACAAUUUAAAAAGUCACCAUUAAAAACGCACAGAUAAAGACUAUUUUGAUUUCGUUUUUAUAAUUGUUUUUUCUUGAAACGAUUAGCUAUAUUCAAACGUCACAGUUGAAACAUUGUAUUAUACGUCGUACGCACUGGUACGGACUCGGCCCGGCCAGGAAUGAUCUCAACAGUUCGACUACUGUUAACUACUCCGCGAAUACGGUUAGGUUGGACGGUGAUUUAAACAGUACGUGACACUGAUACCGAUAAACGAUCACUGUUAGCGCGAUAUAGUAAUAAAAUAAUAUUAGCAACACGUAACGUGUAACAUGUUUACCGGCGAGUCCACCGCAUCGGCCGUUCCAUUCCGACGUCGUCGUCGGCUGGCUUACCACGGUAACCCGUGAUGGAUACGUGUACCACGACGUCAGAAUCAUGUUACCGAGUCGUCGUUUGAACAAAACUGCUCGCACGUACUUUGCAAUCGUCGCCGCUGCUGUCGCCGUUUUAGUCGUUUUUCGAAUUCCGAUAUGCGACAGUCUAUCCAAUAUGAGCAUAACGGUUCCCGUGGCCGUGGCUUCCGGCGAGUCGGCAAAGAUGACGUGCACUUACGAUCUAGAAUCCGAUCCACUGUACACGGUCAAGUGGUACAAAGGUCGACAAGAGUUCUUUAGGUACGUGCCAAAAGAACUGCCACACACCAGAGUGUUCCCGUGGCCCGGCAUAAACGUAGACGUUAGCCAAUCAGGACCUAAUCAAGUGGUAUUACGAGAUGUCAGAAGACACUUGUCAGGAAAGUACCGAUGUGAGGUAUCAGCAGAUGCACCAUCGUUUCACACGAAAAUCGUAUCCUCUUGGAUGCACGUCGUCUACCCACCUAUCGGACAACCCGUACUGUCGCUGGAGAAACGACACUACACCAUCGGAGACACGUUGAAAGGCAACUGCACGUCACCGCCGUCCAGUCCACCGUCCAACGUUACUUGGUACUUAAACGAUAAAUGGAUGAACUCGAGUUACGGCAGGUCGUCGUCGGGCCGAGCGACGCUAGACGACACGUCGCGAUCGACGAACACGGUGGGACUCGAGUUGGAAGUGAACAGUUUCAAAGUGGGCAAGAUGCGGAUCCGCUGCGUGGCCGAGCUGUACGGCGUGUUCAAAACGUCGGCCGAGACGGUAUUGGACGAGGAAAAACCACGUCUGGCUUCCAUUCUGGGCACGUUUUCGUCUACAGGUGCAUCACACACGUCUUCUUAUUCGUUAUUGAUUGUGAUAUUGGUCAACGUAUGGAUAAGAUAACCAUAUAAAAGUCCAACACCCAAAUACCAAAUAAACGACCGCAUUAGUGAUUUCGUUGAUUUUCGUUUUAUGUAAAUUUGUAACAUUUUAAGACGCGUUAUUUUGGAAUCCAAAAACUAUCUUCAUAUAAAUAUUUAUGUAUUAUGUUGUAUAUAUAGAAUGAUUCUAGACAAAAAAUUGCAUAGAGUAUUUUAUCGGUUAUUAUAAAGUUAUAUUUUGACUUUAUUUAUAUAAUUACAU